UGGCGCUGAUCUAUCCGGCCCAUCUCGACUGCUCUUCCUUUCGCGCCGGUAGCCGAAGAAUCGAGCGUCCAUGUGCGCAGCGCCCGGGACUUCAUAGAUCACUGAGCCUUCCGAAUCCGAGCCAGACCGCGACCUUGUAAUGGAUCUCAACUCUUUGAUCGAGGCCCUUCGGGGCACCAUGGACGCAAAUUUGCGUGAGGCCGCAGAGAGACAACUGAACGAGGGACAUACCCAGGUGAACUUUGUGUCUACACUACUACAGGUGACAAUGUCUGAUCAGUUGGAUUUGCCUGUACGGCAAGCAGGUGUGAUCUACCUGAAGAACAUGGUGACACAGCACUGGAGUGAAGGAGAUAAUGCAAACACUGAAGGCCCUACAAGUAACAUCCCAGAAGAGGACAGGCAGUUCAUUCGAGACCACAUAGUGGAGGCCAUCAUUCAGUCCCCAGAGCGCAUCAGAGUGCAACUCACAACGUGCAUUCACCACAUGAUCAAGCACGACUACCCUGCUAGAUGGACGGCUAUCGUGGACAAGAUCGGCUUUUACCUGCAGUCUGAUAACAGUGGCUGCUGGCUGGGCAUCCUGCUGUGCCUCUACCAGCUGGUCAAGAAUUACGAGUAUAAGAAGCCUGAGGAGCGCCAGCCAUUGGUUGCUGCCAUGCAGAUUUUUAUGCCCAUGUUGAAGGACCGAUUCAUACAGCUGCUGCCGGACCCCUCCAGCGACUCUGUCCUGGUGCAAAAACAGAUCUUCAAGAUCCUUUACGCUCUCUUCCAGUACAACCUCCCUCUGGAACUGAUCAAUCGGCAGAAUCUCACAGAGUGGAUGGAGAUUCUGAAGACUGUCGUGGACAGAGAUGUUCCUCCGGAGACCCUUCAGGUGGAUGAAGACGAGAGGCCCGAGCUGCCCUGGUGGAAGUGCAAGAAGUGGGCGCUUCACAUCCUCGCCCGGCUCUUCGAAAGGUAUGGCAGCCCUGGCAACACAACCAAAGAGUACACAGAGUUUGCAGAGCUUUUCCUCAAGGGUUAUGCCGUGGCUGCACAGCAGGUACUGUUGAAGGUGUUGUAUCAGUAUAAGGAAAAGCAAUACGUGGCUCCCAGAGUCUUGCAGCAGACACUGAAUUACAUCAACCAGGGAAUCGCACACGCCGUCACCUGGAAGAACCUAAAGCCACACAUCCAAGGAAUCAUUCAGGACGUGGUAUUCCCUCUCAUGUGCUACACAGACAGCGAUGAAGAGCUCUGGCAGGAAGACCCAUACGAGUACAUCCGCAUGAAAUUUGAUGUGUUUGAAGACUUCAUCUCCCCCACCACUGCAGCUCAGACGCUUCUCUUCACCGCUUGCAACAAAAGGAAGGAGGUGCUGCAGAAGUCCAUGGGCUUCUGUUAUCAGAUCCUCACAGAUCCAGCCUGUGACCCCAGAAAAAAAGACGGCGCUCUUCAUAUGAUCGGCUCGCUGGCUGAGAUUCUUCUCAAGAGAAAGAUCUACAAAGACCAGAUGGAGUUCAUGUUGCAGAAUCAUGUCUUCCCUCUGUUCCGCAGUGAGCUGGGUUACAUGAGAGCCAGGGCCUGCUGGGUUCUUCAUUACUUCUGCGAGGUCAAGUUCAAGAAUGACCAGAACUUGCAGACGGCCCUUGAACUCACCCGCCUGUGUCUGAUCAACGACAAUGAGAUGCCUGUUAAAGUGGAGGCUGCCAUCGCCCUCCAGGUCCUCAUCAGCAAUCAGGAGAAAGCCAAAGAUUACAUCACCCCCCACAUCCGGCCCGUGAUGCAGGCCCUCCUUCACAUUGUGCGCGAGACAGAGAAUGACGAUCUUACCAACGUCAUCCAAAAGAUGAUCUGCGAAUACAGUGAGGAGGUCACACCAAUCGCUGUAGAGAUGACCCAGCAUUUGGCCAUGACCUUCAACCAGGUGAUCCAGACGGGGCCUGAUGAGGAAGGAGGUGAUGAUAAAGCAGUGACCGCCAUGGGCAUCCUUAACACCAUUGACACAUUGCUGAGUGUAGUGGAGGACCAUAAAGAGAUUACCCAGCAGUUAGAGGGCAUCUGUCUGCAGGUGAUCGGCACGGUCCUCCAGCAGCAUGUCCUGGAGUUCUAUGAGGAGAUUCUAUCCCUGGCCCACAGUCUGACGUGUCAGCAGGUGUCCCCUCAGAUGUGGCAGCUGCUCCCUCUGGUCUAUGAGGUCUUCCAACAAGACGGAUUUGACUAUUUCACAGAUAUGAUGCCACUUCUCCACAACUACAUCACAGUUGACACAGACACACUCCUGUCUGACACCAAAUACCUUGAAAUAAUCUACAGUAUGUGCAAAAAGAUUUUGUCAGGAGACCCUGGGGAGGACCCAGAAUGCCAUGCAGCCAAGCUGUUGGAGGUCGUCAUUCUACAGUGCAAAGGUCGUGGUAUUGACCAGGUGGUGCCAUUGUUUGUAACGACCGCUUUGGAGCGCUUGACGCGUGAAGUGAAGACCAGCGAGUUGAGGACCAUGUGUCUGCAGGUGGCCAUCGCCGCGCUCUAUUACAGUCCUCCUCUGCUCCUCAACACACUGGAGAAUCUGCGCUUCCCCAACAACACUGAGCCCAUCACCAACCACUUCAUCUCCCAGUGGCUUAAAGACAUCGACUGCUUCCUCGGGCUUCACGAUCGAAAGAUGUGUGUGUUGGGACUGUGCGCUCUAAUGGAUCUCGAUCAGAGGCCCCAGGCUGUCAAUCAGGUCGCAGGACAGCUCCUCCCUGCAGCCAUCCUCCUGUUUAACGGCCUGAAGAGGGCCUAUGCCUGCAGGGCUGAACAUGAAAAUGAAGAGGAUGAGGACGAAGAGGAUGGAGAGGAAGAAGAGGAGAAUGCUGAGUUAGGCAGCGACGAAGACGACAUAGAUGAUGAAGGCCAGGAAUACCUUGAAAUGCUAGCUAAACAAGCAGGAGAGGACGGUGACGAUGAAGACUGGGAGGAGGAUGAUGCAGAGGAGACCGCUCUUGAGGGUUACACAACCUCGGUGGACGACGAGGACAACCUUGUUGAUGAAUACCAGAUCUUCAAAGCCAUAAUACAGAAUGUUCAGGCCCGUGACCCAGCAUGGUACCAGGCGCUUACACAGUGUCUCGAUGAGGAACAAAGAAAACAACUUCAGGAUAUUGCAACACUUGCAGAUCAGCGACGAGCAGCACAUGAAUCAAAGAUGAUUGAGAAGCACGGAGGAUACAAGUUUGCAGAUCCGGUGGUGCCAUCCAAUUUCAACUUUGGUGGCAGUGCCCCUGGGAUGAAUUGAGUCCUCUCUUUCCCUUCCCCUUUCUAACUGUGACUGAAUGUAGUGAAAUGAAAACACUUGUGUUGCUCCCUGAAGUAGUGGUUCCAGAACUGGUUCUUCUCUCUCACUCUUCAAUCUGACUAUUAAAUUUGAACAGCACCAGAAGAUGUGGGAAGGCAACCAAACGCAACCAAUGCCUGGGAAAACAAACCAAGGACUUGAACGCUAAGCAAGUGGGGAAGAAAAAAAAAACAAAAUAAUAAAGCUCUGAACAAUGUUGUCUUAUGGAAUCCAAAAAUAAGAGGGAUACCAUAACGGCAGCUCCCACACACAUACUACGGGGGCUAAUGAAUUGAAAUUGCGACAUAAUGUCAAAAUCAUUGUCACUGUAUGGGCCAAAGGGCCUUUUCAAGAUUAUACCUCUGGCAGUAGUGUGUCAAUGUUUUUCUUCAUCUAAAAAAACAAAAAAACAAACAAAACAAAUCUCAUAUUGUACAUAACUAGCCAAGGCACUUGAUUUUUAAGUUGCCUGGUCAAACAACCAGAGGCAUUUGUAAGGUGUCAACGUGUAUUCAAAUGUAGCAUAUUGGAUACUUGUCAUAGCACUAUGUGAUGCCUGAUCUCUGUAAAUUAAUGACUAGCACUUUCAUAUUGUUCAGGUCUCUUAGCCUUCUGUAUCAGACUGCAAAUUUUUUAACUCAGUUGAAAACUAUUUAAGAAUUGGAACAUUGUUACCUGCACGGUGACUUCUCUCCUAUAAUGGUUGGUGUUCAGAGGGCUUCAAUAAUAGUGCGUGGCAAUCAUUUGCUGCUUGUAAUGAUAAUGUUUUAGGCUCCAAAAGAAAUGCACUUGGUGUUCGAUCUGGAUAAAGAUGUUGUUACAAGCACUGUAAGUCAUUUAAGUCAUUGGAGCAUGAUUUGAGGAGGUUUCAAGCAUUUGGUUGAUGUAUGGAUGAACCAUCAGUAUACACAACAUUAAAAAAAACAAACAGCUUUAAAUCUGA